AUGGCUCACGAAAAAGAUCCACGCUGGACGGCAGUCGACGAAUAUGUCAAUGCCAACCUCCUGGCCGACGCGAAACUCAACGGCGCACUCGAGGAAGCGCUUAAGCGUACUCGAGCACAACGGCUCCCUGAUAUCGCCGUCUCCGCUGCGCAGGGCAAGUUCCUCCAGCUCCAGUGUAAGCUCAUUGGUGCAAGAAACGUUCUCGAGGUUGGAACACUGGGCGGCUACAGCUCAAUUUUCCUUGCAGCCACAAGCCCAGAAAUCCGAGUGGUCACGGUCGAGGUCAAUGAGCACCACGCCGCCGUUGCGAGAGAGAACAUUGCAGCUGCCGGCUAUGCAGAUCGUGUGGAGGUGAUUGUCGGCGCUGGUAGAGACGUCUUGCCAGAACUGCUCGCUAAUGUCAACGCUGGAAAGCGUGAAAAGUUCGACUUCGUCUUCAUUGACGCGGACAAGCCGAACAAUUGGUUCUACUUCGACACGGCAGUAAAGAUGUGCAGACCGCGAGCGCAGAUCAUUGUCGACAAUGUGAUACGAGGAGGAAGGUUAGCAAAUCCGGAAGCCUUUGAGGAUCCCAGUGUUGCAGGAUCGCGUGAGGUGAUUGAGAAAGUUGGGAGGGAUCCUAGAGUUGAUGCUGUCGCACUUCAGACGGUUGGCGAGAAAAGCUAUGAUGGGAUGCUCAUUACUGUUGUCAAGGAUACUUGA